AUGUUAAGCGUGAUUUACAUCCUCACGAUUGCCGGUUGUUUACACACGCCAGUGACUUGUGGCCGCGAGCAACACCAUGGUCCGAGUGCGGCCGCCGAGGAACUCAACGGACUGACAUUUACACCGUCCGGUGGUGGUGGCGGCAGUCACGUGCCACGGAACCAGGCAGCCACCGGGGCCCGGUUUAGCCGACGCAAGAAGACGGAGAAGCUACAGCCCCCCACCGGUGACCCACUGUACCGCGAUGAGGAGGACACGAUCGAGCCGGGCGUCUGCCAGGUGUACACCGGGACGACGUGCGAGCAGUUCCUGCGCAACCAGACCGUAUUCGUGACGCCGGACAUCACGAUGGAGGUGCUGGAGGAGCGCCUCAAGUCCGCGUACGGUGUGAUCCGUGAGUCGAAGGACAUGAACGCCAACUGCCGGGUCUACGCCCUGCCCAGCCUUUGCUACAGCAUCCUGCCACUCUGCCGCACGCCCGAGCUGACCAACCAUCAGUACUUCGCCAAUAAGGCGACCGCCGAAGCAUCGGCCCGCCGGCCGGCCGCAGCCGGGAGGGCAAAGGUAAGGUCACACGAGAAAAAGAACAACCGCAAACAGUUGCUCAAGGCGGCCCAGUCUACCGAAGUCCCGGAGCACGUGACCCAGAGCACACCCAGCACCACCACCACGGAACGGUUGCGGGUUUACUUCAGUGGAGGCGUGACUCCCGACCCCGGCGAACACUCCUUCGAUGGUGACAUCGUGAUCGAGAACGCCCUUCCCCGGUACCAACGCCGUGAGCGACGUGCGGCCGGUGACUCCCUGAGUCGGAGUCGUUUCGUCCAGCAGCAGGACGAAGUGUCCGUCCUGUCGUACACCUCGUCUGGCACGCCCAAGAAGUCCUACCCACCGACGCGGAACACCGAGAAUCUGCGCCGGAUCUGCCGCAACGAUUGCGAGCUGCUCGAGAACGAACUGUGCCAGCAGGAGUACGCCAUCGCGAAGCGGCAUCCGACGAUCGGCCAGAAGCUGCCGCUCGAGGAGUGCGACGAUCUGCCGCUCCAGACGAGCGUCGACGGUACGAUUCUGAACGGCAUCGGUGGGCUGGGUAGCUCGGGCGAUAGCGAGUGUAUGCGGCUCGGGAUCGACCUGGACAUCCGGCCGGACGACGACUGCUACUGGGAGAACGGGGCCAGCUACCGGGGCAUCACCGAUCGGACCACGUCGGCGAAGAUCUGCAUGCGCUGGUCGAAGCUGAUGCACACCAUGUCGGAGUUCCCGCACCUGGCCGGUCACAACUACUGCCGCAACCCACCGCACGCCGGACCGAUGGACGCACCGUGGUGCUACGUGGACAUGCAGAAGACGAUCGAGUACUGUGACAUCCCCCGGUGCUCCGACCGGAUGUGGAUGUACAUCAUCAUCGGGUUCGUUGCCGUCAUCUCGCCGCUGUUCAUCGGCGUGGCCGUGUUCUGUUGCCGCAAGUACCGCAAACACGGUGUCUCCAACAUCCAGAACAUCAAUUUGCCGAACGCGGACAAGAACAUUUACGGCAACUCGCGGCUCAACUCGCCCAUCGAGAUGACGUCGCUGAUAGCGAACCAGGCGUCGUCGGCCGGUGGGGCGGCCAGCCGAAACGCGGAGAACGGUGGCAUCCAGGGACUGUUAAGUGGGCAACCGGGCAGCACCGGCGGGCAGCCGUCACAGUCGCGCAACAACGGCAUCUCGCGGGUCCCACAGUACACACUGCAGGACGUCCGCUUCGUCGAGGAGCUGGGCGAGGGCGCAUUCGGCAAGGUGUACAAGGGCGAGCUGACGCAGAAGACGGGCGACAAGAUCUUCGUGGCGGUGAAGGCACUGAAGGAGAACGCGAGCGCCAAGACGCAGGCGGACUUUAAGCGCGAAAUCGAGCUGAUCUCGGACCUGAAGCACGACAACAUCGUGUGCAUCCUCGGGGUGGUGCUGAAGGAGGAGCCACUGUGCAUGCUGUUCGAGUACAUGGCGCAGGGCGAUCUACACGAGUUCCUGAUCGCCAAUUCGCCCAACGAGGGCAAAUCGCUCAGCCAGCUCCAGUUUCUACUGAUCGCGCAGCAGAUCUGCGACGGUAUGGAGUAUCUGGCCAGCCACCACUACGUCCACCGGGAUCUGGCGGCCCGCAACUGUCUGGUGGGCGACAGUCUGACGGUGAAGAUCUCGGACUUUGGACUCUCGCGUGACAUCUACAGCUCCGACUACUAUCGGGUCCAAUCGAAGUCACUACUCCCCGUACGCUGGAUGCCGUCCGAGUCGAUCCUGUACGGCAAGUUCACGACGGAAAGUGACGUCUGGUCGUUCGGUGUGGUCCUCUGGGAGAUCUACAGCUACGGGCUGCAGCCGUACUACGGUUACAGCAACCAGGAGGUGAUCAAUAUGGUGCGCGCCCGGCAGCUUCUACCGUGUCCCGAGUCGUGUCCCAGUGCCGUCUACUCGCUGAUGGUGGAGUGCUGGCACGAGCAAGCGGUACGACGGCCCACCUUCCCGGAAAUCGGCCACCGGCUCAAGAUAUGGUAUCAGGCGCAGAAGCGAACCGAACAGAACGAACAGAGUGGUUUCAAUCGGAAGGGUUCGAUGCUGAGCGUAAACACGCAGCGCAUGUCCUCCCAGGGUAACCUCAACGUUGCCACACCAUCGUCCUCGUCGAGCCACCAUUCGCUCAGCCGGGAACGGAACGGCGAUUCGGGUCGCUGUGACCAGCAGCAGCAGCAACAACAACCGGUUAUGGCACAAUCGCAACCUCGCAAGCAUCACCAUUCGCUGGAGCGGGAGAAGAUCCUCAGGACGAACCAGCAGCUACAGCAGCAGGCACUGCUGCAACAGCAAGCCCCUCCGAAUCCGGUGGCCUCGCGUCAUCAGCAUCACCAGCACCACCACUCGCUGGAUCGUACCAACAGUGGCCAGCUGAUGGACGACCCGUCUAACGGCGAUCAGUGCGAGACGCAGAGCAACCGCAGCUUCUACCACAACGCCAGUGCCAGCCGGAGCAACAAAAGCAUACACUCGAUGCAGGAGCAACACCAGCAUCAGCAUCAGCACCAGCACGGUCACGUGCAGCAUCAACCGCACCAGCAGCACCAGCAUCCGCACGCAAUGGGAGGCCACCCGCAGGGCUACAAGAACUUCAGUCUACCUCGGAAGAGCGUCGACAGUGGGCUCGAGUAUGGGCUCGAUUCCGGUACCGAGCUGACGGGGCUCACCAACAGUCCGGGCUACCCGGUGGCCGGUGGUGGUGUCGGGCGACCCGGCGAGGCGACCCGGCGGCCACCGAAGGACCCGCACCGUCACCAUCACCACCAUCACCACCACCAUGGGUCGGGACGGAGCAGAAGUCGCAUCGACGCGAUAGGGAACGCCUCGAACGCCGUCGGUAGCUCCAUAUCUUCGCUGCCCGGCAGUGGCGCGGACCUCGGCACCGAGUUUGACCGCCAGGCACAGCAACUGGUCGCGCCCAAGCACAGCACACAGUCGCUGGUGGCGGGCGGUGGCCGCAAACCGAGCCAUAGCGGCAGCAUCCUCAGUGUGGCCAGCAAUGCCAGUGAACAGUGCGCCGGCGUUCCGGGCGGCGGUUCCUUUCAACCCGGUUUCAGCUCACCCUCGCCAACCGUACACUCGAUCGGCAACGGCAUCAUCCCGUCGGGGCCAGCCGAACCCGUCGGCCUCGGCCUCAUGCAGUCAUCGUACCACGAAGGCUAG